UAAAAGCGAGUUGACUAGCUCAAAAUUUUUCGUUCGUUUCGUCGCUCUCGAAAAUCGAAAAUCGAAAAUCAGAGGGGACAAACUAUGUCAGAAGGGUCAGUUGAAGAGUAACAGAUUUGAACGCACUAAUUGAAUUGAAAACUAGUUAUGCUGGUCAUGGACGCAUUGUUUAACAGCCUAUUGGUGGUCAGUUCCGGCUAUGCGAUCUACACUCUCCAUCCAAUGGAAACACCCUAUGGCUAUGCAACAGCGGCCUUGAGCCUGGUCCAUGGAAUUUUGGGAAUGGUGCGAGCGGCGAGCAACGACGAUGACGAAUGCAAUCGGGUGCGAUUGAUUACGUCGGGCAUCAUGGAGAUAGUACCGCUGCCCCUGACCAAUAUGGAGCUGUAUCUGAAGUCCACCAAUCCGGGCUUGGCUUUGGCGCACACAUGUUUUGUGGUGCCAUUAGUCUACGAUAUGUUGGCCAAAGUGGUUGACACCGAGGAUACCGUAACGGAGACCCUUAAGGAACUAACACUGUUGGGCAACGUUGUGUCCAUGCUCUUUUUGGGCGUCAACGAGUCGAAUAAUAUGUACGGCAUCUUGGCUGCCAUCGCUUUUGGUGCUCGAUACGGUUCCGCUUUUCUCGACUACUACUGGAAGGGAUUAGGUGCCGAAUUCACCCUACUGGCCCACUCCAUGUUUGUCCUACUGAUGACGAUGACCCUUUCGGCGAAAUGAAGACCAAUAGACCUCCCAGAAUAUAACCUAUCCGCAUUCAAGGCCAGCGGUUAGGUUCGUUGGCUUUCAGCUCAAUAAACUUGCAAUUAAUGUUGGCAAAUUAAAAUGCAAAAAU